CGCCGGUCUACAGGUGGCAUGGAUGGAAAGGCAAGGGCGGUGUUCGCUUGCAGCCGCUAACACUAAGAACUUUACUUAAUCUCACUUCUGAGGGAGAAAAUAAUCGGCUAAAUACGGCUCUACAGAACUGAGGAGUAAAGAUGGUGAAACUUGGAGGAAUCAAUCUGGAAUCGCCUAUAGACUUACCUGUUAAACUACCAUUUGAUACGUCAAAUAUCCCAGAUAUAAGGAAAAUUAAGGAUAUCGACCCAAAGAAAGUGUUUGUACGAGGAUUGGUCAAAUUUGGCUGGACGAAGGAAUAUUGCUUGAAUCUACGAAAAAGCGCAGUGUGCAGCAAGUCGUGUUGGCAGUGCUUCUGUAUCUGUUGUUCUCGUAUUCCCGUCGUCUCAUUGAUCGCAGCAUUCUGGCUUGCCCUCGGUUUCACAGGGUUUAGCAUUGGGUUGUAUGAAGGGGUCUUUCAUCUUAACAAAUGGCUCAAGAUGAGUAUCAUUGACACAGCGAGGUUUGGAAUACUUGCUCUGGGGAUAUUCCUUGGCAGUAUGGGAUUCAUGGCUUUACUCAAUGGUAUAGCAGCUACGGGAAGAACGAGAUACUCUGUCUACACUGGUUGGAAAUCAAAAUUAACUGGACGUUGUUGCAUUUUCAUGUUGUUUGGCUGGCAUAUGAUUGUGUGGUUAAUCUGGACCAUCGUUGGACCCCUUCUUCUCUUCCCUGUCAUCUUCAUGGGGAUAGGGUUUGCUGUCUGCCAAGUCAAACUCGUUAAACAAAUCGGAAAAACUUGCAUCGAGUUCAAGGAAUAUGGUAUUGAUGAUAUCGUCAACACAGACGUCGUGUGUGGGACAGAUCUAACUGAAUUCUGUACCGCGAUAACUGGUGCUACGCCCUACUUUGUCGCAGCCUUCGUCGGGGGGAUUUURAUUAUCAUCGGUGUGAUGAUCAUGAUAAUGUCUCUAGUCAUUAACUUCGUGAUAGUCCACAAACACGUCAAGGAAGAAAAACCAUCCGAGUACUCAACCUGCAAGGCCUGUUGCUACAUACCAGACCCUGAGAAGUAUGAUGACUGCUUCCCGGAACCGGAAGUGGAAGAGGUACAACUGUCAAUGAGGGAGAAACUACAACGGAAACACGUGACUCAUGAUGGUAAUCAGCCCAACCCUCACGGCCAACARGAAUGGUCGUAUAUUUAUGACUUUGAAAACGAACCUGAGCCCGCAGGCAAGAGGUACUAGGACCAAGCAUGCAUAUUAUGACAUCACAUGACGUUAGACGUACAUGUYUAUGCUGAUUCAGUCUUACUCAGAGAAAAUCCUAUACUUAAGAAGAAGAGUUUAAUCAACUCUCUAACAAUAAAAACAAAACGCAAUCUGCUGUACAACUAGUUUGCUUGCUUUGCCCAGUCUUACUCUCAUUUGGUUCAGAUUAGAGUAAACAGAACCCGGGCGAUAGCUUAUUAUAAAGUAAUUUUUAAAUCGUACUUUGAAAGAUUUAUCUAAAUACCUUAAAAAUAAAGAUAGACUUUGAGACUUUUUGCAAUAAUCCAGCUUCGCCACACAACCGCAAAUAUAUCGAACCAUACUGCUUACACUGUUUAGAUAUUACCAGCAGCUCAGUUUUCGUCAGUAGAAUAGGAAACUGCUGAGCGAUUUGAAAAUAACUCGACGCGCCCCUAAAAAUGUUAAAAUACGUAUCUCUGUCUUUCUCAAGCAAGUAGUCUUCAGAAUAAAACCCACAAUGACAA